AUGAACAUCACAGCCGAACAAGCCGCGAGGUCGCAUGAGAGCAAGUCUGAGUUGACGAUCGGGGUGAUCUCUGGGUUAAUGGCCCUGGCCAUUCUGUUGGUUGGGUUGCGCUUGCGGUGUCGCCGUCUUGCUGAAGCGUCGGGGUGGGAUGAUAUAGCUGCUGUGUUAGGACUGGCUUGUUGUUUAGGAUGCGGUGCAUCGAUUAUUGCGAUGACACAUUACGGACUUGGAAAACACGACUGGACAUUGACACCUGAGCAACUUGUUCUCUACGGUCGAUGCUUCUGGCUAUCGAUUCUGUUCUACAGCAUAUCCCUCUACUGGGUCAAGUUGAGCUUCCUACUACAAUACUACCGCAUCUUAUCCAUCUCCAACAUGCGCUGGGCGUGUCUAGGCGCCAUUAUCUUCAUCACGCUGUGGAGCCUGUCGCAGACUAUAGUACUCUGCUUGAUAUGUGUUCCUCUUGAGGCUGUUUGGGAUCCGAGCGUUGAGGGAAAGUGUCUUUCGCAUCAAACACAGAUGUGGUAUGUCAAUGGAGUGAUGCAUAUUGUCCUUGACUUUGUGAUUAUAAUUAUGCCACUUCCAAUCGUCUGGAAUCUCAAUCUUCCUCGGUCACAAAAGUGGCUCCUCUCUGGGAUCUUUGGUCUUGGUGUCUUCACCGUUACCAUUUCGAUCUUCCGACUCCGCUGGCUCACACCACAGCCAGAUGUCACAUGGUGGAAUGUCACAGCCGCAUCGUGGUCACUCGCAGAAAUCGUUUCGGGUAUUGCUUGCUCAUGUCUUCCUACUUUCAAACCUCUGCUACUGGGUAUCAAGCGCUGGCUACCUCGCCUUGGCAAGGGCGAUAGCACUAUUCAACUCCAGGGAACGAAUGGCACAGCAUAUACAGAGUCGACCUUGAUUGGAACAGAUGACACGUUUGGUAGUGGCCCAAAGGUGCCUAACAGUAUGUUUGUAUAUGGCACCCAGACAAGCAUUACUGCGCAUAAGGAUUCGGAGCCUUGUGGAAGGUUUAAGAGGUUUAUGCAGCGGUAG